AUGAAAAUUCUUCCGAUUUUUCUUUUCAUUACUGUAGUUUCAUCCUUCGGAUUUGUUCGUGAGUUGAAAUGUUUUUCGGAAUUUUGAAAAACACUAGAAAUUUAUUCUAAAGGUAAAUCGCAUCCUCGUAAUGUUCGAAAGAUAGAAGAAAGUCAAAGUUGUAGUGAAGAAAAAGAAGAAGUUAGAGGAAAUGGAGAAUGUGAGGAGGAAGUAAAGAGCACCAAGAAACCGAGAACAGAUAAGCCUAAGAGAACUCGGAAGCCAAGCACGACCAAGACGACACCAAAACCUACGACAACAACUGAAUUGACCACACCAAAACCUAGCACCACUACUCCCAGCACAACAACAACUACAACCACAACCACAGCUUGUCCCACGACCACCAGAACUGAACUGCCAACUACGACUACACCAAAACCCACCACAGCUUCGACCACAACAGGUGAGAACUCCGAGAGAACUACAAAUAACUCUUCGUAUUACGUACCUUGCAAGCUAAAUACCGUAGGAAUAACUUUUUGCAAACCUGACACACUUUUUUUUAUAUAAUGUGCCUGGGCAAAGUGAAACCCUAAAUGAUUCACAAUUUUCCGGGUCUACUGAGUUCAAGACCUACAAAAUUCAAUUUAUCCAAAGUCCAAAGUGUAAUAAGUUUCAAAAUUCUGAUACAUAAAAAUUGAGAAUUUCUGUUUGCUAAACGGAUGAUACUCUAGGGACGACUCUUAUAUUUUCGCAUUAACAAUAAACAACUUUUCAACCUAUUCUAGAUCCUCUCCGUAAUCCAUCCACCCCAUUCGAACCAAACACAGGCGGUGCCCCAGAACUUCAAUUGAACCCCGCGGAAAACACUGAAGAUGUCGCCAUCGAAAAUACCCCCGAACAACUUCGAAAACCUGAUUCUCCACUUAAUCCAUCAAAAGUCAAUGUGAUUCCUGAUCUUGGAUUUGGAUUUGGUGGACCUUCGAGAGAUGAAGGUUUGGGUGGAACUGGAAAUCUUCAAAAUUCUGCUGUUGGAAGUCAGCGACGCAUUGGAUUCAGUGUCGAAGUUUCGACUCCAAAACCAGUUGUUUUGGCGAAGCGUUUGUUGUAA